UUGCCGUACAGUAUGACAACUCUCAGUGCGGAACGUUUGUUUAUUCUGACUUUUUGAGAGGGCGCUAAUUUCAGUUACACAGUGUCAUUGUAGGAAACGCUUUUAAAAAAAAACAUGGCGUCCAUGGAAACGCUAUUUACCUUCUCUAUUAGACAGGAUUCACAUACAUUGUAGCAGGAAAAUUUGUUAGAUUUCACAAAAAGCUGAUUUGAUUUUGUGACGGGUACAUGUUGCCGUAGCAUUCAGCUGGGAUGCGCGUGUACAGUCUGUGUGUGGGUCUGCAGUCACGUUGCGUGAGGCACGCGCUCGCCGGACACCUCUCCCGCUGCGCGCGCUCAACCGUGGCUUCGUUUUCGUCCUUUCCUGGGCUGCGCGCGCGCAAGAAAAGCAGCCCGUACGCCGAUGUAGACACCGAGCAUUAUUCAUUACUGGUAAAAGCGGUCGUGUCUACGAAAAUCAGCUCUCAGUCUCCAGAAAGUAUUGAAAAUGAAGACGAGUGCCUUUUUGGAUCUAUCAUCAAAUCCAAGCCUCAGGUGUGCAGAGCGCUCAAAAACCCCUGGCCUCUGUUAAACGAGGCAAAACCUGCUGCUCCUGCCGCAGAGAGCGCGGAGGAAACACUGACCCGGAUAAACUUGCGAAGAGCUUCAGAUCACACCUCUGUACCAAGUGUAACUAAAAUACUCCAAAAGACAAUGUCAGCCCAACAGCGUUUUUAUUUGGACAGAUGGAAGAAAAGGAAGAUCGCUGAACUCGGAGUGGAAGGCUUCAAAGAAUACAGCGAGAAUCUUUUUGCACAAGGGAAACUGUUGCAUGUAGCUGUCGAAGGAAUUUUAACUGGAGAAAACAACCUAAAUGAAGAUGGAGUGUGUCUGGAAAGCGUGUCUGGCUAUUUACAAAGUCUCAGUCACAUUUUGGAGGACGUUACGGGAGUGAAGGCUAUCGAGAGUGUUGUGCAGCAUCAGCCCUUGCAGUACCUGGGUGUUGUUGAUUGUGUUGCCAAGUACAAGAACUCACUGUGUGUCAUAGAGUGGAAGACCUCAGAGAAGCCCAAACCUUUCCUUUACAGUACUUAUGACAACCCCUUGCAGGUGGCAGCCUACAUAGGGGCCUUAAACAGUGAUGACAACUACAAUUACCAGGUGGAUAGCGGAUUGAUUGUGGUUGCUUACAAAGAUGGUUCCCCAGCACAUGCUCACUUGCUGAAUGCAGACCAGGUGUUGCAGUAUUGGGAUAAAUGGCUCUUCCGACUGGAGAAAUAUGCGGAGAAUGAGGUGUCGCACAGAUCUUGCUGAUAGACCAGUCAGACUAUUAUUCAGAAAUAUUUGUCUGUCCAGGACAACAGCCUCAUUUUCACGCACACAUAAAAACUUUU